CUCGCACCCGCACCCCACUCGUUAAAAAAACUCUGGAGUUCUCAGAAAAAAAGAAAAAAGAAAAAAAGAAAAAAAGGAGGAACUAAAAGAACCAACCGGUGGUUCAAUUCAAAUGCUCCGUUCCUUCGAUUCAAAUACACGCCGAAUUCCCUGUUGAAACUGCUGAUAUUUUAAUUUCGGUUUUGGCUACAUCGACGCUGUACGGAACAGCGGGAUCUCUCGGGGAUUCUAGGGGUUUCAAGAAAGCGUUUUCACUGUCUGUUCUUUCUUUCUUGGUUUACUAUUCGGCGGAGUUCGCAAAUGUUCACGACAACGACGCCGCAGAGGAAGGCGUGGCCGGUGUCGCCGGCGCAGAGGAACUCUGCUACGAACCCGUUGAGUGCGGCGGCGAAGGGCAAGGCCGUGGCGUUUGCUGACGGCUCGGCGCCUCCGCCGCCGCUGCGUUCGCUGAGCGGUGACGGGGCGGCAGGGUUGGGGACGGAGAGUAUGGAGGACUGGAAGCGGUUGAGGGAGGCCGGAUUGCUGGACGAGGCAGCCAUGGAGAGGAAAGACCGCCAGGCGCUCUUGGAGAAGAUCUCGAAGCUUCAGAGCGAGCUUUAUGACUACCAGUACAACAUGGGGCUUCUCUUGAUUGAGAAUAAAGAGUGGACAUCGAAGUACGAAGAAUUGAGGCAGGCACAAGCAGAAACUGAGGAGAUCCUCAAACGUGAACAGUCUGCACACUUGAUUGCAUUAUCUGAAGUUGAGAAGCGAGGGGAGAAUUUGAGAAAAGCAUUGAGUGCUGAGAAGCAGUGUGUGAGAGAUCUUGAAAAGGCUCUGCGUGAAAUUCAAGAGGAGCGUGACCAAGUUAAGCUUGCAUCUGAGACAAAGUUGACUAAUGCAGAUGCUUUGGUUGUUGGAACUGAAGAGAAAUCUUUGGAGGUCGAGGAAAAAUUGCAUGCUGCUGAAGCCAAGCUUGCUGAGGUAAACCGAAAGAGGUCAGAAUUGGAGAUGAGAUUGCAAAAGGUGGAGGCUCAUGAAAGUGUUCUCCAGAGGGAGCGUCUAUCCUUAACAACUGAGCAAGAAGCACAUAAGGAAAUUUUUUAUAAACAAAGAGAAGACUUGCGAGAGUGGGAGAGGAAACUACAGGAAGGGGAGGAGAGGCUAUGCAAGAGCAGAAGAAUCUUUAAUGAAAGAGAGGAGAGGACUAAUCAAGUAGAUGCAACUCUUAAGCAGAAAGAGAGGGACCUCGAAGAGGCUCAAAAGAAGAUCGAUUUAUCUAACUCAACAUUGAAAGAGAAGGAAGAUAAUAUCAAGAAAAGACUGGAGGACUUGGUUUUAGAAGAGAAAAAAGCCGACUCUCUGAGAAGCUUCCUUGAGACGAAGGAGAAGGAAUUACUUGUGUUGGAAGGAAAGCUUAAUGCUAGAGAAAGAGUGGAGAUUCAGAAGCUUCUUGACGAGCAAAGGGCUAUUCUGGAUGCAAAAAUGCAGGAGUUUGAGCUGGAGCUAGAAGAAAAAAGGAAAUCCCUUAAUGAGGAAUUUAGUAGCAAGUUAGAUGAUGUGGAGCAGAGGAAGGUUAAGAUCAACCAUGAGAAAGAAAAGUUGAAAAAACAAGAGCAGGUGUUGGAUAAGAGACAAGAGAGAUUGAAUGAGAAAGAGAAGGACAUUGAGACUAAGACGAAAACUUGUAAAGAGAUAGAAAAGGCUGUGAAAGCUGAUGAGAAAAGGCUGGAGGCAGAAAAGCAACAAAUAAUUGCUGAUCAAGAGAGACUGCAAAUUCUCAGAGAUGAGAUUGAGAAGGUAAGGAAUGAGAAUACUCAGCAGAAGCAGCAAAUUCAUGAAGAGAGUGAGAAACUGAGGAUAACUAAGAACGAGAGGUCAGAACAUCUCCAUAUGCAGUCACAAUUGAAACAGGAGAUAGAGAAUUACAGAGUUCAAAAGGAGCUGCUUUUGAAGGAAGGUGAAGAUUUAAAACAAGAACGAGACAAGUUUGAGAAAGAGUGGGAAGUGUUGGAUGAUAAAAGAGCUGAUGUUAGUAGGGAGCUAAGGCAAAUUGUUGAAGAGAGAGAAAAAUUGGAGAAAUUGCAGCACUCUGAAGAAGAAAGGUUGAAAAAAGAGAAACAUGCAAUGCAUGAAAAUAUAAAGAGGGAGUUGGAAGCUCUUCAACAGGAGAAAGAAUCGUUUGCUUCCUUAAUGAAGCAUGAACAACUAGCUUUGUCUGAGAAAGCUGAGAAUGAGCAUAGUCAAAUGCUUCAAGAGUUUGAAUUGCAGAGAAGGGAUCUUGAGACUGAUUUGCAGAAAAGACGUGAACAAAUGGAGAAGCACCUGCAGGAAAUGGAAACAGCUUUUGAGGAGGAGAGAGAGAAAGUGCAUAAUAAUAUUAAUCAUUUGAAUGAAGUUGCUGAGAGGCAAUGGGAAGAAGUGAAGUCUGAAAAGCAUAGAAUACAGAAGGAAAGAGAGGAACUUAAAUUGAACCAGAAGCAGCUGGAAGUAAACCAACUUGAAAUGCGUAAAGAUAUUGAUGAGCUUGGCAGUCUUAGCAGGAAGCUCAAGCAGCAGCGGGGACAGUUUAUUGAGGAAAGAAGACGCUUCCUUGCGUUUGUUGAGACGCUGAAGAGUUGCAAAAGUUGUGGGGAAAUCACAAGGGAGUUUGUUUUCUCUGAUCUCCAAGUACCUGAAAUGGAAGAUAGGGAGCUGCCGAGGCUGGAUGAUGAAUUUUUGAAGAGCUCUCAAGGCAACGUAGUUGCUUCUGAUUUGGGACUUUCAGACUCUGGUGCUCGCAUGUCAUGGCUACGAAAAUGCACCUCAAAGAUUUUAAACUUAUCGCCAGGUAAAAAAAUUGAGCAUGUUACUGCUCCAGUUUUGACAGAGGCGUUGCCACCAUCGACCAUAUUGGUCAAUGUAGAACAAUAUAAAAAGGUGCCUAGUAUGCUUGUCAACAAAGGAGCCAAAGGGCAUGGUAUUUUAGAGAAUGAACCACAAUCAUCUUUUGGGAUGGCCACUGAGACUUUUGAUGUCCACCAGCUCCAAUCUGAUAGCAUCAUCAGAGAGGUGGAUAAUACGUGUGCUCCAUCCAUUGAUGAUCAUAGCUACAUGGACAGUAAGGUACAAGAAGUUCCAGAAGAUUCCCUGCAAUCAGAACUGAAGAGUGGUCGGCGCAAGCCUGGGAGGAAGGGCAAGUCAGGAGUGUAUAGAACACGCUCUGUGAAGGCGGUUGUUGAAGAGGCAAAAGUUUUUCUCAGGGAAACCCCAGGAAAAACAGAACUGAAUGCUAAUGUCCAGCCUAAAGAUAUUGACCCUGUCAAUGAGGAAAGCAGGGGUGAUUCCAGUCAUACUCAGAACGUAGCUAGUAGGAAUGCAAGGAAAAGGCAACAUGAACAAACCUCAAGGAUAACAGAGAGUGAGCAGGGCGCGGGCAAUAGUGAAGAGCAUUCUGAAAGUGUCACAACUGGUGGACGCAGAAAGAGGCGGCAAACAGCUGUUCCAGUUGUGCAAACUUCAGGAGAGAAGCGAUACAAUCUCAGGCGACAUAAGAUUGCAGGGAAGGUCACCGAAGCACACACCUCAGCUGACACUACAAUAACUAGGGAGAAAGAAGCUGGUGGUGGUGGUGCAGUGGAAGUAGCACCAAUCCCUGAAGCUGUUUCUGCACCAUCAGUGGGAGUUGCUUGCAACGAUGGCCAAAUUACCCAAUUGGUGCAAGUUACAGCAGUAAAAAGCGUGGAGAUCUCUGAGGAUAGAAUUGUUAGGUUUAAAACACCAUCAGGCAUUGUUAAUGCCGAUGCCGACGUGGCAAAGUCAAUUGAAAAAUCCCAUUUGAGUGAGGAAGUAAAUGGUACACCAGAAUAUGGCAAUGAAGACGAGAAUGGGAGCACAAUCCAUGAAUCUGAAGAUGACUAUGAUGAUGAGUUGGAGCAUCCUGGUGAAGUGUCAGUAGGAAAGAAGAUAUGGACUUUCUUCACAACGUGAUGGCUGCUAUUUUUUCUUCGUUUCACUCUUAGGAGCUCCUCUCUCCCUUCCUCUCUGUAAAAUUUGGGAAGCUGUAGCUUUAGUUGGUGGAUUUUGGAGCAUUGUUUUUUUUUUUUUUUUCUUUUGUUGUCCUCCUGUAAUUUCGGGGAAAGAAAAAGGUUGGCGGAUGGUGGAGGGAUGCUGUGUGUGUAGGACUUGGGUGCAUGAGGUGUUACUAGUGCAGCAUGCCCUAGUUUAUUUUAUUUAGUAUUUUGAUGGUGCAAUUUCAGCAUAUUUUUUUU